AUGGCCACCAAGGAGGACCAAGAGACACUUCGCCUUCUUGUCCAGCACGUCUCCAGGGCCUUCUACGAGGCAAAGUUCACGAUCAUUUUGGACCAGCUUGCACGCCAUCCGGUCCUCAAAGACGAUGAUUUGGCAGGGAGAAUGGGGCUCCAGCCAAAGGAGCUGAACAAGAUCAUCGCCGUAUUGCACAAUGACUGUUUGGUCAAAAUAUAUCGGCAAAACGAGCUGAAGGAAGGUGCUCAGCGGUCAGUUGGGAAGCAAUAUUACUAUAUCGACUACGAACAUUUUUGCAAUGUUGUCAAGUGGCGAAUUGCGACGAUGCGACACAAAAUUGAUUCCUCGCUGCGCAAUGAACUUGAUAACAAAGGUUACAUUUGUACCCAAUGCAAACAGUCCUACGCGCCCCUCGAAGUCGACAAGCUCAUGGACUUCAAUCUCGGCAUCUUGAUAUGUGAGAUCUGUCAUGCAGAGGUGGUUGAUAACGAGAAUGCGGAGAGCGUACAAGGGAGCAAAGACAGGAUGCAGCGGUUUAAUCACCAAAUGAGGUUUAUCCGUGAGGGCCUGCAGAAAAGCGAGGCAAUGGUCUUACCUGCAUUUGACGUCGCAGCGUGGGUGAAGAACAACCCGAGCGACGCCGACAAACAAAAAGCAGCUCAGACGGGUUCAGACCUCAAGGUUGCCGGGUCAGAUUCAAAGCAACAGGAAGAUGCUGGGAUUAGGGUUAUGAUGGCUAUGGAUAAAGAUGAGAUCACACGAAAGCAUGAAAGGGAUGCCGAAGCAGAUUUGAAGAGGCAGCAGAAUGCACUCCCAGCAUGGCAUUUGAGGAGUACGAUUACCGGGGAUCUGACGGCGCUUGGUGUGCAGGAGAAUGCUCGAACGGAGGACAAGUUAUCAAACGACGACAUGCUGAGGGGUUUGGGCGUUGCUGGACGGCAGGUGCCACAGCAGCAAGUUGUUAACCUCGUGGAGGACGUCAAGCCAGUUAUUAAUCCAGAGUCGGAUUUAUAUGACCAAUAUUACGCGUCGUUGGCGGCAUCAGCGGCCCCAUCCGCACAAGCGACCCCCACUGGUCUCAGUGCCCCUGGUAGUUCCGAUUUUGGUGAUUUCCCCAACGACGAAGAGGAAGAUCGGAAACCGAAUCUUGAGUACCUAGACUCACUCAACGACUAUCGGAAACGGUCCCGUUCAAGAGAAGAUGUGGGCUCGGUAAAAGUCAAGGUAGCAAAAAUGGAUGCGCUGCCGGUAUAUGACUAUGGGAUGGUCAAUGGGUAUACGCCGGAUGGUGGGAUUGAGAUAGAGCAAGAUGCGAUCAUGGUUGAGGAGAUUCCACCGCCUUUUGAGGGCGAGGAAGACCCUAUGGUUAAUGUGAACGGUCUCCCGAAGCCAUAUUCGCAGGUCACGGAAGAAGACCAUGAUCUGAUGACGCCAGAUGAGUACACGGCGUUCUUUGAGAUUUUACAGGCGCGUUCUUGA